GGUAUAGUAAUUGUACUCUUUGCGUGUGUGAAAAAGAAAGGAGGGUUAGCCUUCAACGAAGUAUCGCUGGGUUACAAGGAGGGCACUGGCGCUUCAUUAUUAUUAUUGUCGUCGUCCGUAUACUUUGCCCGUGUCCGCGUUCUUAACCUGGCGAAGGGUUGAACGGUUAAAAUGGAGGCGGACAGAUCCGGCGGAGGACCAAACCCGAACUUCGGAAGCGGCAGCGGCGGAGCGGGGCGCAACCCAAACGGGCCCAAAGCAGCACCGGGCCAGUCAGCACCAGUAGCCGCUACUGGAGCUAUGGCGGCGGCAGCGGUCGGGGCCAUGCCCGGGUCGUCACACCUCCGCGAAUCGCAGCAGGACGGCGAUUCGGGAAUGACCCUUCCCGGGAUUCUGCACUUCAUCCAGUACGAGUGGGGACGCUUCCAGGCCGAGAAAUACCGCUGGGAGGCGGAGAGAGACGAACUUCGGGCUCAGGUAGCAUUCCUUCAAGGUGAGCGGAAAGGACAGGAGAAUAUGAAACAGGACCUAGUAAGACGGAUUAAAAUGUUGGAAUACGCCCUCAAACAAGAAAGGGCCAAACAUCAGAAGCUGAAGACAGGAAAUGACCUGAGUCCUGGCGACAAGAAACCAGAGAUGGAAGCAGAACCAAUUUCCAAUGGUCCAGCUGAGUCAGAUUCAGAGCCAGCCAAUCAGAUGUCGUGGAAAGAGGGGCGUCAGCUACUACGCAAGUAUCUUGAGGAAGUCGGCUACUCGGACACCAUACUAGACAUGCGUUCAAAGCGAGUACGCUCCCUGCUCGGACGGACCAGCCCCGAGGCCAACGGGCCUCCGCCGCCCGAAUCCUCCCCACAGCUUGAGACCCGGGCGGGUGGAGAUUCCUUGUUGGUCAGACAGAUAGAAGAGCAAAUUAAGAGGAAUGCAGGCAAAGAAAGCUCAAAGGAACGUCUCGGCGGCUCGGUGCUCGAUACGAUUCCCUUCCUGCACGGAUGCGAGGACGAUGAUGAAGACAGCGACGAGGAAGAUGACUUCCAAGGCAUGGCGACAGACUGCAUCGACGGCCCUCGCAAGAGCAAAAAGUCUCGAGUAAAGAUGGGUUCAGAGCCCAUGACUACAGACCUGGACCCGGAAGAUGAGGAGGACGAGGACGACUCGGAAGACGCCCUCAGUGAAUUUGACUUUCUAGGCUCCGGGGAGGAUGGGGAGGGGGCGGGAGAGGCCAGGAUCUCUGGGGACGGACGGGAGUUAGAGAACCGCAGGAACAAGUUACAAGGCAUGAUGUCGGACUUCCCCGCAAAACCUGCUCCGCCCCACUCUGUAACGGGACAAGCUCGCUCUGGAGAAGGUGGCGUCUUGGGUUUCUCAUCUGAUGUCUUCAUCAUGGAUGCAGUCGGAGGCGGAGACAUGAACUUGGGUGAACUGGCUGAUCUCACUGUCGCCAAUGACAACGAUCUCUCCAUGGAUAUGCAGGAUAACAGAGAGGAGUUCAAGAAGACGUGGAACCCCCGUUUCACACUCCGCAGCCACUUUGAUGCCAUCCGUGCUUUGACGUUUCACCCCAGCCAAGCAGUGCUGCUCACAGCCUCUGAGGAUGGAACGCUAAAACUAUGGAACCUCAAUAAGGCCAUGCAUUCCAAGAAGAAUGCGGCUUUAGAUGUUGAGCCCAUCUACACGUUUCGAGCGCACAGUGGUGCUGUUUUGUCACUGACUAUGGGAGAAGAUGGCGAAUCCUGCUACAGCGGAGGCCUGGAUGGAAGCGUGCGGUGUUGGAAAAUGCCAGACCUUAAUGUGGAUCCUUAUGACAACUACGAUCCUGGCAUCGAGAGCAGUGUGCUGGCAGGGCAUGAGGACAGCGUAUGGGGUCUCACAUACUCUCUUGUCCACCAUCGGCUGGCCUCGUGCUCAGCGGAUGGCACCGUUCGCAUCUGGGAUCCGCGGAACUCUGCCCCCUGCCUGUCUGUCUUCAACAAGGAGAGAGAACAUGGGACUCCCACCUCCGUGGCCUUCGUGGUUUCUGACCCCAAUCAGGUGGUGGUGUCAUUUGACGCGGGCGAAACUCUGCUCUAUGACCUUAACAGCGAGCAGAGCAUCACAGCACUAGAGACGCAGACCAAGGAUGGAAGUGAACUAAUUAAUCGAGUGGUCAGUCACCCAUCUGAGCCCCUCUCCAUCACUGCACACGAGAACCGCACCAUCCGCUUCUUGGACAACAAGACCGGUAAAUUGGUCCACUCCAUGGUGGCCCACCUGGAUGCAGUUACAUCGCUCACUACAGAUCCUAAAGGCACUUACCUCAUCUCUGGCAGCCACGACUGCUCAGUGCGCCUGUGGAUGCUUGACAACAGGACGUGCGUGCAGGAGAUCACUGCUCACAGGAAGAAGCACGACGAGGCCAUUCAUGACGUGGCCUUCCACAACUCGCAGCCCUUCAUCGCCAGCGCUGGCGCCGAUGCACUUGCCAAGAUCUUUGUCUGAUAGCACUGCGGUCCGAUCUGGUGAGACACCCUCGACUGGGCUGAAAGAGACUACAGUGGACACAGUUUCCCCUUCAUACACACACACACACACACACACACACACACACACACACACACACACACACACACACACUGUUGUCCUGCACCCCACUGGCUGGGAUUUGUCACAGGACACCACCUCCCCUCACUUCCUCACUCUUUUCUGCCUCAGUAACUCCUUGUUACACGAAACACACUGCUUUGUUUUUUAACUCUAGAAGCUCGUAGCUGCAGCGUCAGAAAAAGACCACGCUUUUUUCUACACUACAAUACGCUUUUCCGCUUUUGUUUUUUUUAAAUUCCGAGUCUACUGAUGGUUAUAUCAAAGCUGCAUGUGCACUUGUGCUCUCUGACUUUACUGCUCGUAUUUUAAGGAGGACCACCAAGUAGACUCGUGCAUGGUGCACAAAUGCAAAGCAUUAAUAAUGUGCGGCUGACAAGAGGACGUAGGUGUUAUCAUAUCGUGGAAUCAGUGAGUGUAUGUCACAUUCCAAAGACUCAAGGAACAGUGUGUGUGUUUUAUUUUUUAUUUUUUUUUAUUCAUUGUCCGAGAAUGUUCAACAUGGCAGUGUUUCAACUUUAAAGCUUUAAUUUCAACUUGGCCAUGGCCCACUUUUACUGUACAAAUGUCAUAUAGAAUGUUCAUCCCCAAGAAAUUCUCCACAAUUGAGGCCAAUGAUGCUCUUUUAAAUCAGAGGUGUGAGAAAACAGUUAAAGGUUGAGGGGAGUGCUUUGUGUGGCCAGUCUGCAAGUUCCCAGCAAACUGUGUGGUUUGCUGCUUUUUUACUGUACAGAGAUGUGUGUGUGCAUACGCGUGUGCGUGAGUGCGUGCGUGAGCACGGUGCGUGGGCACUAGUGAAAUGGUGCUAUGAAAGCCUGCAUUAGUUCAGGGACAUUUUCUUGCGCUUGAGAGAGACUUUCAGUGUUGACGUUACUUUUGAAUCAUUUCAUUUACUUGUCAUUCAUCUCACGUUGACUUUUCUAAAUUCCUCAUCUGUGGUGUGUGAGAGAGAGAGAGAUCCACAGUUUCCUCACAUUGUUCUGUGUUCCUUUCAUUAUUGUCAGUCGUUGUUCUGCAUUCAAACUUAAAAAAAAAAAGUGAAGCAGUACAUCGUUCUGGUGGGGUUCUCACUCGUUACAUGGCGUGCAAAAGUUGGAUAGUAGUAGUACGUUAGACCCCUGGAUACUCGUGGCGGAGUUAGCCUGUCUCCACAGAGUCUUGCUCAGGAGAAACGGUUCCAAAGGGGGAAUAAGAUGUUUAUUUUCAAUCACAGCCACUUUUUUUUGCUACGCAUAGGAAGCAUUAUCAUGAGCAGAGAUGCUGUGUAAGAAUGUCAAUGUAGCUUAGGAACAUGCAGUGAGCGCACUAAACCGUCUGGGUGCUCUGUUCUGCCAUUUUGUUAAGGGAACGUGUCACCAGUCAUAGAGGACAGUUUACUAUUGGGAUAUAUUUAUGACUAAAAAAACAGCGUUUAAUAUAUUACCUUGUAGGGAUGGGCAUUUUCACAAUUGGGAAUUUGAAUAAUUAAAAUUAAUAUUUUGAAUGAAAUGGGUGAAUCUGAAUGUUCUGAACUCCCGAUUUGUCUUAUCAAGUUGACUAAUACUGCCUACAGGAGUGGCUAUAUCGUCACUGUAUGGCGAAAACCUCCCAUGUCCAAUUUUGGCCAAUUUCAUAUUUCUUUCACAAAUCAAUACUAUUAAUCAGUCUCCAUGUGGGUCUGUUAUUUUUUUAAAUUAUUGACCAAUCUAAAGUGUUGUAAAUGGAUUGCUCUCUUAGAUGAUUCAAUGUUAAUGGCUCAACAAACAUGCUGUUUUUUUGUUUCCCCAAACAGUUAUGAUUUUGAAUAUGUGAGGUUGCCACUUGAUUCAAGCAAUAUGAUGUGGCCCUAGCUCAACUUCCCCUAGCUGACGUGGUGGUGUCCUUUAGACAUCAGCUCUUAACAACUACUGUAUUUGCACGACCAUAAGGCGCACUUAAAAGUCUUAAAUUUUCUCCAAAAUGGACGGGGCGCCUUAUAAUGCGGCGCGCCUUAAGUGUGCACCGAGUUCCAAAAUCUAUAAAUGUUGUUGUGUGAUGAGCGCUCCGCUUGACUGACUGGGAGCAUUUCCUGCCGAGACUGAGGACAGCAUGCGGACGUUAAGGGGGAAGGGUGCGCGUGAAGGAGGACUCUAAAGGCACGCCCCCAGUAGGUAUAUAGCGCCGGUCAAGCCAGC